AACUUGUCACACAAUAAAUUUUCAGGAAAGAUUCCAAGCAAGAUAGCAAACAUGAAGUCAUUGGAAUCCGUUGAUCUAUCAAGCAACCAACUUUUUGGUCCUAUUCCCAGCAACAUGUCCACCAUGACUUCAUUGAGUUUUUUAAAUUUAUCAAAUAAUAAUUUUUCAGGACCUAUUCCUAAAGGGGCUCAAUUCUCUACCUUUGGUUCAUCUUCUUAUAUUGGCAAUCCAUAUCUUUGUGGAGAUCUUCUUGAAAAAGCAUGUCCUGGGAUUGGGAUGACCCACCCUCCUUCCAACCUUAGCUUUCAUGAAGAGGAUGAUGAUCAAGGAAAAGAAAAGGUGUUAUUUUACUUUGUGAUAGCAUUGGGAUUCAUCACAGGAUUCUGGAUAGUUAUUGGAUUUUUGUUGCUCAACAAAAACUGGAGACAUGCUUGCUUCAGACAUGUGGAUAACUUUGUUGACUUCAUGUAUGUGGAAAUUCAUGUCAGGAAAGCAAGAUUCAAGAACAAGUGCAUGAACCUGGUUGCUCAUUGACAACUUCUAUUAUCAGUUACGUGUAAGGUCCACGUUAUGUGUUCCCACAAGCCUUUUAUUCUUGAUGGUCCAAUGUUAUUGAUUGUCUUGCCAAGGAUGAUCUAUGUUGUUGUUCAUGGUUAUCUCUUGUUUCAUGUAGUUGG